UGAGCGCGCAGGCGCGAUCGGAGCGGGGCCUGGUUGGGCAGCUGGGCGGCUUGGGGCCGAUAUGGCCGGGGUCCGGGUGGUGUCGCGGCUGCUGUCCGCGCGGCGCUUGGCGCUGACCCAGUCGCGGCCAGCAGCGUUGCAGACAGGAGCCCAUGGUUUCCACUUCACUGUCGAUGGCCACACGAGGGCGUCUGCCAGAGUCUCGGAUUCUAUUUCUGCCCAGUAUCCGGUUGUGGAUCAUGAAUUUGACGCGUUGGUGGUUGGUGCUGGUGGGGCUGGACUGCGAGCUGCCUUUGGCCUUUCGGAGGCAGGAUUUAACACAGCCUGCGUGACGAAGCUGUUUCCCACCAGGUCACACACUGUGGCAGCACAGGGAGGAAUCAACGCCGCCCUGGGGAACAUGGAGGAAGACAAUUGGAGGUGGCAUUUCUACGACACCGUGAAGGGCUCUGACUGGCUGGGGGACCAGGAUGCCAUCCACUACAUGACAGAGCAAGCCCCUGCCUCUGUGGUUGAGCUGGAAAACUAUGGCAUGCCAUUCAGCAGAACUGAAGAUGGGAAGAUUUAUCAGCGUGCGUUUGGCGGACAGAGCCUCAAGUUUGGGAAAGGUGGCCAGGCCCACCGAUGCUGCUGUGUGGCUGAUCGGACUGGUCAUUCGCUCCUGCACACUUUGUAUGGAAGGUCCCUGCGAUACGAUACCAGCUAUUUUGUGGAAUAUUUUGCCUUGGAUCUUCUGAUGGAAAAUGGGGAGUGCCGUGGCGUGAUUGCACUGUGCAUAGAAGACGGGUCCAUCCACCGCAUACGAGCAAAGAACACGGUUAUUGCCACUGGUGGCUAUGGGCGCACCUACUUCAGCUGCACAUCUGCUCACACCAGCACAGGAGAUGGGACAGCUAUGGUCACCAGGGCCGGCCUUCCUUGCCAAGACUUGGAAUUUGUCCAGUUUCACCCCACAGGCAUAUAUGGUGCUGGUUGUCUCAUUACAGAAGGGUGCCGUGGAGAGGGAGGCAUUCUCAUUAACAGUCAGGGCGAAAGGUUCAUGGAGAGAUACGCCCCUGUCGCAAAGGACCUGGCAUCCAGAGAUGUAGUGUCUCGGUCAAUGACCCUGGAGAUCCGAGAGGGAAGAGGCUGUGGACCUGAGAAGGAUCACGUCUACCUGCAGUUGCACCACCUGCCCCCUGAGCAGCUGGCCACGCGCCUGCCAGGCAUCUCUGAGACAGCCAUGAUCUUUGCGGGUGUGGAUGUCACCAAGGAACCCAUUCCUGUGCUCCCAACUGUGCACUACAACAUGGGGGGCAUUCCUACCAACUACAAGGGGCAGGUCCUUCAGCACGUGAAUGGCCAGGAUGAGAUCGUGCCCGGCUUGUACGCCUGUGGGGAGGCAGCCUGUGCCUCGGUGCAUGGUGCCAACCGCCUGGGGGCAAACUCUCUGCUGGACCUGGUGGUGUUUGGCCGGGCAUGUGCCCUGAGCAUUGCAGAGUCCUGCAGGCCUGGAGAUAAAGUCCCUCCGAUUAAACCAAAUGCAGGAGAAGAAUCUGUUAUGAAUCUUGACAAGCUGAGAUUUGCUGAAGGCAAUAUUAGAACAUCAGAGCUGCGCCUCAGCAUGCAGAAGGCAAUGCAGACUCAUGCCGCCGUGUUCCGGGUGGGGAGUGUGCUGCAGGAAGGCUGUGAGAAGAUUAGCCAGCUCUAUGGAGACCUGCAGCACCUCAAGACAUUUGACAGGGGAAUGGUCUGGAACACGGACUUAGUGGAGACCCUGGAACUACAGAAUCUGAUGCUGUGCGCCUUGCAGACCAUCUACGGAGCUGAAGCUCGGAAGGAGUCCCGGGGUGCCCACGCCAGGGAGGAUUACAAGGUGCGGAUUGAUGAGUAUGAUUAUUCCAAGCCCAUCCAGGGGCAGCAAAAGAAGCCGUUCACAGAGCACUGGAGGAAGCAUACACUUUCUUACGUUGAUGUCAAGACUGGGAAGGUCACUCUGGAGUACAGACCUGUCAUCGACAAAACCUUGAACGAAGCUGACUGUGCCACCGUCCCCCCUGCAAUCCGGUCCUACUGAGGAGACCUGGGGGUUAUACAAUCCACUUUAGUCAUUAUGUAGAGUACCCCAGCCUGUCCGUAUCGUACCAUCUGUAGUCCAUCAGAAUGACACUGGUUCAGCCAGUGACCAGAGCCUGCCAGACACCAGUACCAGGGAAUGCUGUGUUUGCUCUAUCCCCUGCUUCCUGCCUGUGGAAUGACCAGCUGCACAUAUCCAUGUGAAACCUCGCACUGCCUGCCUCAGGCACUUUUGCUGCCCUGAAAUACCAAAUGCAAUUAUCUUUGUAUUCUGCUUAUUCAAAUUCCAGAAGUUUUAUUAAGUACAAAUGACUUUUGGCACCUGGGCAAAUGAAGAAAAUAUGAAAGGAAA